CUCUUCUCUUGUCUUUCUACCUUUUUUUUUUUUUUUUUUUUUUUUUGUCAAAGCAGAUACUUUUUUUUAUUUAUACCACAGAUGGCUGAAAUUAGAAGAAAACUCGUGAUUGUAGGCGAUGGUGCAUGCGGUAAAACUUGUCUUUUAAUUGUCUUUUCCAGAGGCACUUUCCCAGAGUUGUAUGUCCCUACUGUCUUUGAAAACUAUGUUGCAGAUGUUGAAGUUGACGGUAAAAAUGUCGAAUUAGCUCUUUGGGAUACAGCAGGCCAAGAAGAUUACGAUCGUCUUCGUCCUCUUUCUUACCCUGACUCCCACGUCAUUCUCAUUUGUUUCUCCAUUGAUUCACCUGAUUCCUUGGACAAUGUUCAAGAAAAGUGGAUUUCCGAAGUUCUUCAUUUCUGCCAAGGAUUGCCCAUCUUACUCGUUGCCUGUAAGAAAGAUUUAAGAAACGAUCCUGGAAAGAUUGAGGAAUUGAGAAGAACUUCUCAAAGACCUGUUACUGCCGAGGAGGGCUUGGGUGUUGCACAAAAGAUUGGUGCUUACAAGUAUCUCGAAUGCUCAGCAAAGACAGGUGAAGGUGUACGUGAGGUUUUCGAAAAUGCCACUCGUGCUGCCUUGAUGAGAGGCCCUAAGAAAAACACUGGAAAGCGUGGAUGUGCCAUUUUGUAAACAACAUAUUCUUUUGACACACGCACACACACACUCUCUCUCACCACACACACACACACACACACACACACACACAC